UGUCAUCGUUUUUUUUUUUUCUAAUAGUUUAUUUCCUCAGAGAUAAAGAGCUUUGGCACGAGCUAAGGCAUGCGGUAUCAGACGCCAAGCAGGAAGCGACACUUCAUUAACUCGCAAGUCUUGUACUAUUCAUGUUGCCGAAACCUUACGCGACAAGUGGGCUGUUUGUUUUGGGCGUUUGGGGAAACACGUGGGAGAAUUAGUAUGUAUAUAUAGAGAGAAAGAAGAGAGUUUAAUGGCACAAAGCGGCGCUUACUUAGGAGAUCACUUAUGGCGAUCCAGCAAGGACAAAUGGGAACCGAAGACUGCAAUGUGUUCAUUGAGUCGGAGCCUGUCAGUCGUUUGAAGUUUGAGUACAAAUCUUUGAGGAGACACGUGUGCUGUGUUCACUUCAUGACUGUGUUUUUCUGUCUCACCUGCUGUCUGGUCACUGUUAUGUUACAGUCGCACGCGUCAGGAUGCAAGGAAUAUCCGAUGUCACCAGCAACUGGAAUGCAGAAACAGGUGAUGGGUGAUAUGGAUAAUGAAUUAAGUAGCAGUGAAAAAACUUCCCAGGAGCAAAUAUUCACACCUUUCAUCCGUCUGACAAGUAAUGUGACAAGUCAGGAAAAACAGAAUAAAGGUAAUGUACGUUGGAAGAUUAACAGAAAUGACAGCGGUGGAUUCUUCUCUUUGGAUGGCGAUGGCGAAUCUCUGAUAGUGCACCAUGACGGGACCUACAAAGUUCUUCUGCAGAUCGCGUACAGGGGACUUUCUGGACAGGAAUAUAAAGAUAAGCUUCUGCGCCACAAAAUUAAUCUAUACACUGCUGCAUACCCAGAUCACCCCCCAAUCCUCAUGAACACGGAAACUGUGAACUUCAAGGAUCACUUUUGGAAGAAAACACUGUUCUCCGAGGCUGUUUGUUCUCUCAAUAAGGGGGAUAGACUCAAGGUGUGGUCCGAAAAUUACUCGCUCAUUGACGUGUCAGUGUCACAACAUAACGUCUUUGUCGUGUAUCCAAUUUUUGUUCAAAAAUGAUUUCUCUCUGUUGGAUUGGUCAGCUUAACUGUAAUAACUUCUAUGUUCCAUUGCACAUUUAAUGUUAAUGGUACAAAGAAUAAACUCUCUCUUAAAUGCACUGUUUAUUAUAUAUAUGCUUUAAUUUAUGUUCUAAUAAUAUAUGGUAAUAUUUGGUAAUAAGUGUAUAUUUUGUUUAUUCUUAUUUAAUUUGGUCACUGUGAAAAAUCAUUUGACAAAUCUGAAAUGUUAAUUUUUAAAUUAAUUCCUGUCUAAAAUAAAAUGAAAAUGGAACUUGAAGUUCUUUCAGUAUUUCAUUGCAUUCAUUUCAUUUCAUUUUAUCAUCUAUAAGUUUAUUUCUGAAGAACAAGAGCAAUAAAACUGUGAAAACAUAAAAAUCGAUGCAAAAUGACUAAAAUGGUUAUUUAAAAAGAAACAGAUAAGAGUCAAAGUAUAUAACACUGUCAAAAGAAAUGAUCAUAAAUGGUCCCUAUAGUUGUCAAUUGGGUGGUACGUUUUAAAAAGUAUACCUUUGCAAGUCCAAAUUUAUACCUCAGAGGUGCAUAUUGAAGCAAAUGUAUACAUAUGUACCUAAAUGUUACUUACCUAAACAACUUUAACUUGUUUUUAUAAGUUACAGUAUAUCAACUUAUCACAGGUCAAUUACUUAAUGACUUAAAACCAAGUUGUUUUCACUUCAUGCUGUUUUUAUACAGUGUGGUAAAUAUUAGAACUUCUUUUAAGGGUCCUUUAAUUCUGAAUGAUGUACAAUGCAUUGCAUUAUAUCCAAAUCAUGUCAAAUACCGUGUAUAAAAAUAUAUGAAGAGUUUCGUUGCAAAACGAGAUAACCACCGUUUUUUUAAUUGUUCAGAAAUCUCGUUUUUUUGGUUGUGCAUUCCAAUUAAUUUCAAUGCAACUGCAGUUGGUUUGUUUUGAUUUAAACCUUCAUAACUUAAAAAAAUACAGCUAAGUAGCACCAUAAAACAAAAUAAUAACAUGAUAACACAAUAAUAAACAUGUUUUGACAAAAAUGUUA